AUGCUAGCUGACCAAGAAAUGAGGGCUCCUGACCCAUUUCUUAAAAAAUCGCUCUCUUCCUUUCUCUGCCAUCGUGGUGUGUGCUUUUCUCUGUUUCUUGCCAAGUCUUCUCACAAGACUUUCAGGAUUAAGCGAUUCCUGGCCAAGAAACAAAGGCGAAAUCGUCCCAUUCCCCAGUGGAUUCGGAUGAAAACUGGUAAUAAAAUCAGGUACAACUCCAAAAGGAGACAUUGGAGAAGAACCAAGCUGGGUCUAUAAGAAAUUACACAUACGAUGGCACACA